UCAGCAUGUCCCGUACGAGGAAGGGCGGCGGCCGCUCCGGCGACGGGCCUACCGCUAACCCCCCGCGGCCCAGCGUCGGGGACCUGCUGGCGGCCCGUCCCACGGGCCUGGCCGAGCCCGAAUCGUGGGCCGUCCUCUGUCAGGCGGUGCAGGCCCUGCAGGACCUCUUCCUUGCCGAUGGCGCUUCCAACAACUGUUGCAUCCCUCUCGUGACACCCUCGACCCUUAUGCUGUCAUCCAGAGGGCGGGUGAAAUUGUGCCCGAGUCGGGUAGUACCCAGUGGCGGCACGGCCCCACAUUUAGUAGGGUACUUGGCCCCCGAGUACCGACGGAACAGGCAAUUUACUGACACCGAGAUGGAGAAGAUGUGGAUAUAUGCCUUGGGUGAAACUUUGAAAAGAGCGACUCUGACAAGUCAUGUGGCCACCUCGCGGCUAAGCAGAGAACUAUGCCACGUCCUGACAGAUAUGACGCGUCCCCAGGCGUCUUCCAGGGCUUCCUUGAUGCAUCUUUUAGACGUGAUAUCUGAGUAUUGCACAAAACGACAGCAAAACAGGCCCUUCUCUCACAUCGUCAUGGAUCUCCACCAGGAAGCCAUGGCAGCUUUGGAGGUGGCUUUGGAGUCACCUUGGAUGGGGCCGCCUGCAAUGCCAGAGCUGAGGCCCAUUGCAAAAAUCAGGUCCGAUUUGACAUCGAAUACUUAUGGUACCAUUCCCCGAAGAUGGCUCGGCCUGAUCCGAAACGUUAGCCACAACUUGCCCAGACUGACUAGAGAGGCCAGCACCAGCAUGGAAGACAUCAGUGUGGACGAGAACUUUUCGAACGCCCCCGGUAGAGUAGUGCGCCCCAAAUCGAUGUGCGUGCCUGAUCGCGGUUACUACGAGAGAAUCGACGAUUUCGAACCUUUUUUUAUCGAAAACCGAAGACUUCGUAGUGAGAACAAUGUGCCGAAAUGUGAUAGUGACUUUUUGAAAAAUCAGAGGGCCAUGGAACGUAAUGAUGAGGCAUCUAAGGAGGUCAAAAUAGGGACCAGCGAUGAUGUGUUCAAUAACCGAAGACUGAGAGUACGUCAAAACCCUGUACAGAGGGUGGCGUCCAGACUUUGUCGCGUCGGAUCGGAACCGACGAGAUCCCACAAAUAUGGCAACGCUGCAAGGGAACGCGUAGGGCCGGAGUUCGUCCACAGGUCGACGCAGCCCAGCAGGCAGCUCAUCAUGGCCGAUUUGAAGGGUAGCAGCAGGAAAAGCGUCACCGUGGUCAUGCUGAACGGACAAAAGUUGGACGUGAUCUGCAAUCCGAUCUCCACUACUGCCGGCCAACUGUUCGAGCUGAUCAUCCAGAAGGAGCACAUCGAAGAAAACUUCAUGUUGGGCCUGUUCGCCCUCAUAGCCGGCGACUUCGUCUUCCUGCCCUCCGACACCCGGAUCUGCAAGGUCCCGACCCUCACCCUCUUCGCGAGGGUGCGCUUCUUCCUGCCGUCGCUGCGCGGCCUGCGGGGCCGCGCAGCCAGGCACCUGCUCUACCUGCAGCUGCGCAGGUCCAUCUUGGAGCACCAGCUGCCCUGCUCCUUCCGCCAGAUCGUCGAGCUGAACGGGCUGGCGUUGCAGGCGGAGUUCGGGGAUUAUGAGGAGAGGGAAUACGGGAAUAGAAAUUAUUUUUUAAUCGAACACUACAUCCCGGAAACCAUGUCAGUCGUCAUAGAGGACUCCGAACGUUUGAGAAAAGAAUUGGUCAAAACUCACAUGUCGAAAAGGGGGCUCGAUUCCGAAAAAGCGGAAGAGGAUUUCAUAACGUAUGCUCAAUCGUUGCCCCAUUAUGGAGGACAUUUCUAUACAGCAACUUGGAUUUUGAAAAAUAACGAUCCGAAAGACGUCUGGCUUUACAUCAGUGCCCAAGGUAUGAACUUGUACGAGAGAGGCCAACAGACCAGCAAUGCUGGACCCCAGCUAUACGAAACCUUUGAAUGGAGACAUAUACAGACACUCUGCUACAGCAAACAAUAUUUGUGUAUUCUGCCACACAAAAAUUUCGAGUCCGAGUCCAAAUUGAAGAAAUACAAGCUGAAAAUGGACCAAAAAAAAAGUUACUUCACCUUCCGUCUGGCCUCGCUGCACCACCAGUUCUUCCUGCGCCUGCGCACCGAGUACAUCUCACCGCAGACGCUUUCCCACCAGUUUGGCAUCCCUUUGAAGGACAUCAAGAACGAGGCAAACUCGCUGUGCAAGCUGGAGUCCAUGGCCAACCCGAUCUACCUGUCGGACUGCGGCGGCGGUGGCGACGAAACGGAGUUCAAGAUCGAGUUCAGGAGUUCAUCGAGGAGCGGCAACGGAGUGACAGAGAGUUCGGUGAGGCGGUCGAGGAGCGUGCACGGUUUCCAGGAUCUGGAUGGAAGCGUGGACGAGGCGUUCCAGAAUAAGGAGAACGAAAAUCCAGGCAGGAGGAAGAAAGCGGGGUUGGUGUUGGACAGCAGGUAUCUGUCGGGGCUGCCUUCGGUGGGGAGGCGAGGUGUAAAAAUGGGUACCAGAGCUUUCACGAAUGUCAAAUCUGGUGUGUCUAGAUCUAUGGAGGCAAUGAAUGGCUUGAACAAUGACUAUUUGGAGGAGAUGUCGCUCAGAUCCGUUGAGUUGCCCUGGAGUUCUACUUCGGUAUCUAAAUCACCAACAGGAGAGAGUACACCAAAUGAAGCAUAUAUUUUGGAUUCAACCGUCAAAGCAACUCCCCAGCCCUUCCUCCCCGACUUCCAAGAAACCCUCAGCGAAUCCCUCACCGAGAAGCUCAACAACCUCUCCUUCGCCGAGGAACGCGUCCUCUCCUCGCUCACCCUCACCAGAGACCUUAACGGCAGCCUCGGCCUCCAAAUCACCCAGGGCUCCGACGGCAACGUCUACGUCCAAUCGAUCAUCCAAGGCAGCCCUGCCUUCUACAAGGGCAACGUCCAAAGGGCCGACCAGAUAGUCGCCGUGGACGGCCAGUCCCUCCUCGGCAUGAAGUACGAGCGGGCUCUGGAAGUUCUGAAGGGCACUGGCCCCAGGGUGGAGCUCGUGGUGGCCAGGGCGAUGUCCAAGAAGAGCAACGUGACCUUCUUGGCGAGCGAACGCGGCAGCCCAGUGGAGAAGCACCUGACCGAGAGCUGCAGGGACGCUUUGGGCAAGCAUCAAGCCGAGGUGCCCUACCACAAGCAUAUCCGGUACGAGAUCGAGGCGCCCAAGGAGAGCUUCGCCUUCAAGAAACCCUUCAGCCCCAAGCCCAACGUCUUGGACAGAUCCGUGUCGAAGUCGUGCAGCCACUUGUAUUGCAAGGCUCGCGUGGUGGAGAUGAUUCCCAAACCGAAUGUGGACUUGUCGAGCUUUCGGUCUUUGGACAGGCAGUUGGGGAAGAGCGUUAAGGUCGUGGCGAUGCCCCGCAGCUUGGGGUUGAGCAGGAAGUGGAAGGGGCCUGUCAGGUAUCCGGUGACGCCGGUGAAGAAGACCGGGGAUUUCGAGGAGGGCAGUUGUGCUUCCACGUCGGACGAAGAGCAAGUUUUCAUAUGACGAGGUGUCCGUGGGGGGUGUCAAAGAGAGACAAAGCGACUCACUUGGACACCUCUAAAAGCCCCUUGCAGCCCUGUGGAUAAUUAGCUGCAAGGACCACAAAUCAGAGGUUACUCACUUCUAGCAGAAGAACGAGAAGUCACGUGACUUAUUCCUUGAACUCCUCUAGAAAUACUUGACUGAGCUGCAAGGAACUUAAAGCUGAGAUUCCUUAAUUCGAGCAUAUCCAGUACUAGAUCGUGAAGAAAGGAAAGCAACUAAACUUUCUUGGACAACUCCAGAAUCCCCAGCGAUGGUUGCCACCCUGUGGGAAAGGACUCGCUUGACUGAGGACUGCAAGAAACAUAAAGCCGAGAUUACUCACUUCUAGCAGAAGAAAGAGAAGUCACGUGACUUAUUCCUUGAACUCCUCUGAAAGCCAAAUCGAGAGUUGCAGCCCUGAGGAGAAAUACUUGACAGAGCUGCAAGGAACUUAAAGCUGAGAUUCCUCAAUUCAAGCAUUUCCAGUACUAGAUCGUGAAGGAAGGAAAGCAACUAAAUUUUCUUGGACAACUCCAGAAUCCCCAGCGAUGGUUGCCACCCUGUGGGAAAGAACUUGACUGAGGACUGCAAGGACACAAAGCCGAGGUUACUCACUUUGAGCAGAAGAGAGCGAAUUCACGUGACUUAAACUCCUCUGAACGCCAUUAUCGAGCGUUGCAGGCCUGAGAAGAAGGACUCCACAGAUCUGCAAGGAAAUCCAAGCUGAGAUUCCUCACCUCGAGCAUAUCCAGUAUAAGAUCGAAACAUGACUUAUUUUGCAACACAUAAAGCCUCAGCGACGAUUGCAGCUCUGUGGGAAAUCACUUCAUUGGAAGCAGUGGAAACUUCAAGGAACACUAAGGGCUGUUGUUCCUCACCUCGACCACAUUUUAGUAUGAGAAUGAAUUGAGAGAGAAGCAAUCUGCUGGAUGCCCUAGUGAGUGUUGCAGUCCUGUAUAAAAAGAUUUGAUUGAGAGAGUACAAGAUCGAUAAUAAGGAGAAAUGAGGAACUUUCUAGCAUACCUUCAAAAGAUCCCGACUAUUGAAAAGGAUUGAAAGAGUCCAGGAAUUGUCUUGUAAACUGUUGCUUGCAAAACCGAAAGUUUUGAAAAUAACAUGAAUUUUUCUUGAUUUUCUGUGAUUUUUCAAUAUGUGUUAUAUAAGGACAAAUCAGAUGAUUUGCCUCCAACAUGUCAUUGCAUUUGAUAAUUUCAACAUCACAAAACCUAAGAGAAAAAUUGAAUCCAUAUAGUCAAUGUCACCUUGUUUUGAAAAAUGUUUA